GCGCGGCCACGCCGCGGCGCCGUCGCAUCCGUGCGCGACGACGCUGGCAGGAAAAUCCCGCCUUUUCGCGCCGCGCAACCUCGUAAAUCGUCGCCGAUCUUUAGGCCAAGCUCCUCGUCGCCCUCGCCCUCUGCGGCACCGCGUCCGCCUACGUCGCGCCCGCCGCGCCCAAGGCCGUCGGCGCCCUCAACUCCAAGGCGGAGCUCGAGGCCCUCGCCGAGGGCAACGGCGACUUCCUCGGCUCGACGCUCGGCUUCUGGGACCCGCUCGGCAUCAGCGACCAGGACUUCUGGAACCUCGGCAACGAGGGCACCAUCGGCUACCUGCGCCACGCGGAGAUCAAGCACGGCCGCGUCGCCAUGGCGGGCUUCCUCGGCUUCCUCGCCCAGUGCACGCCCAUCGUGUCCGGCGAGCACGCGCUCCCGCCCUACCGGGGCUACGUCGCGGGCGUCACGCCCCAGGAGCAGUGGGACAACAUCCCCCUCAUCGGCAAGCUCCAGAUCUUCACCUUCGUGGGCAUGCUCGAGUCCUACGGCGAGGGCGCGGGCCAGCCCGACGGCUACGUCCACUACACCAAGGGCGGCCUCCCCGGCUACUUCCCCCCCAUCGAGGGCCGCAUCGGCCCCUUCCCCAUCGGCAACCUCAACCUCUACAAGCCCUUCGACAUCUUCCCGGAGCAGUCCGAGGACGAGAAGGCCCGCGGCCGCCAGGUCGAGAUCAACAACGGCCGCCUCGCGAUGCUCGGCCUCAUCUCGCUCCUCACGGAGUCCAACGGCCUCAUCGUCCCGCCCCUCGACGGCAUCGAGGGCUUCCCCAAGUACGCGGGCAACGUCAUGAUCCCCUUCUCCGCCGACUUCUCCCUCUACUGA